AUGAGCGAAGGAUCUCUUUGUUCAUGGAUCGCCGGCGCCCAGUUAGCACCGAUUGGUUCGCAGGCCUUCUACACGGUCUGGGUAGAAAAUAGGAGUGCAGGUACCUCUCUGCUUGCCAUCGGGGGCCUCUGCGAAGAAGAAGACCUGAACGAUGAUGAAGGUCACGUAGGAGAGAAGUCCCAUUCACGAAGCGAUGCCCUCAAGACGAUCAAAGGAUCUCUCGAUUCAUGGGUCGCCGGUGCACAGUUAGCAUCAGUUGGUUCGCAGGCCUUCUCCACGAUCUUGAAUUAUCGUUCCUCUGACGCUGAAGUUUUGUUGUGCAAGUGCCACUCUGCUUGCCAUUGGAGGCUUCUGCCUCAGCUAAGGUUGCUUUGUUUUUAUGGUCAGUUGAAUAGUGGAACUGGUUGCUUGCUGUCAGAGGGAACUAGAGAUUGUGCGUUGGUCGAGGAAAGUGUACCGAGGCCACGCCUACAGGCUACAACUGACCAGUUACUCCACCGGUUCAUGCCUAAGAUAGCAGUGCCCGAGUGUUAUGCUUCCUGUCUAUGA